CUCGCAUUUCAGAGGAGAGUGGGGGAGAGAGAAAAGGAAGAAAGGAACGGACCGGCGAAAUCUCCGACCAAAGAAUUCGGUUAGAAAGCGCGGAACCCUUUCUUGAUAUCCUCAGUAUGAAGGGAUCUGAGAUGCCGGAAACAUGAGCCGGCAGGCAGCACUCAAACGCUGUGCAAGAUCGCUAUCAGAGGAGAUCCAGGAAGCUAGAGGCACUGCCAGAACAAAUCCCGCUCGCCGAGCGGUGAUUUACUAGGGUUCCGGUCAGCAAUGGGCUCGGUGCAAUCCAAUCCCAAACCCGACGACGACGAGGACGAGGAAGAUGAAGAAGAAGGAGAAGAGGAAGGGCUUAUGCGGAGAGAAUCCCGUCCGAACAGCAUCGACGCAUCGGAGAAGAAGCUUCUGGAACAGGAGCCCGAGGUUCUUCCCUGCCACCCUUCGGCCUCUCCGCUCUCCCCACAAUUGUCGUCCCUUGGGACACCCUACCUCGGGCCCUCCAUCAAGGUCUGGGAUCCGUGCCACGUCCUCUACCCGACGCGACCGUCGGACGGUCAAUCGUUACCGGCGUUUCGCCGCUACGAUUCCUUCGACGACGCUGCGCCGGCGUCUGGGUUCAGCGAAGAUUCCCGAAUGGAAGUGUACCUGAUCAGCCACGGAGAAUGCGGCGUUAGCGUCAGGCCAGAUUUGGUCGGGGGGCGGUGGCCGACAGCGGGUCUUACUGCUGACGGGAAACGGCAAGCCAGGGCCCUCGCUGUGUUCCUCAACUCCCAGGGCGUGAGGUUCAAUGUCGUGUACUGCUCGCCCCUCGAACGUGCCCGGCAGACUGCGGCUUCUGUUUGUCAGGAACUUCACUUUGUGGAGGAACAAAUUCAACCCUCUGAUGCCUUAACUGAGAUGAGUCAGGGCCAGUGGGAAGGUUGCCCCCGUUCAGAAAUAUAUACUCCUGACAUGGUCAAUCUGAUCGAAAGAUUGCAGCCUGAUUUCUCUCCACCAUUUGGAGAAUCCCUUAGACAUGUAGAGUUCCGUAUGAUUGAAUUUCUUAAUAGCAUGGUUGUUAAAACAUUCCAGAAGGCUAGAUCAGAUUCCAGUCAGAAUUUGCAUAUGCAAGGCCACCACCAUCAUGAAAGGGAUGGGAACUCCUCCCUUCAAUGGGAAUUAUUCCACAGGAACAGGCAAAGUUUGCGAAAGAAGUCUUCUGGUAAGAGCAGGCUGCAGUUUGUGACAAUGAGUGACAUGGAAGCGGACGACGAUUCACCUCGAGAAGUCAGCAUCAGGCAAGUUCAUGAUGUGGAUGCAAAGUCUCCCUUCUGUGUCGGUGUUUUCACCCAUGCGUUGCCAAUAAGGUGUCUGCUCACGGGUCUUCUUGGGUGCAGUCCACUAAUGGCUCAAAAAAUUUGUAUAGAUGAUUCUUCCAUGACAGUUUUGGAGCAUUCAUUGAGAACCGGUUGGCAGAUAAGAAGGUGGAACGACACUUCUCAUCUCAGGCUUCUCUAGUCUGGAAACACGGCCCAGCUUCUGCUGCUUUCUUUCAUUCUCUCUCUCCCUGUUUUGUGAUUUCUUUUGUUGGGCAUGUUAUAUGGGCAUGCCGAUCUUGUAACAUGCUGUUUCAUUGUUUAUGUUAUUGGGUAUUAUUCA